AUGGAGGACACAAUAGAUGACUACUUGAGGACACUGAGGACUCAAUUAGAGAAUAAGAUCGUGUUUUUGAAACAGUCUAGGGAUAGUCUCAAGAAACUACGCCGAGAAUACAAAGAUGAGGACCCACAGGAGAUAGACCCAGAGACAUGGAAGACAUUCAUGAAAAAGCCGGUUAUGUAUGUGGAGAAAUCAGACCCAAUCGGAUUGAGUCUUACCGAUAUCGAUGUACAUUUGCAGAACGAGACAUCAUUGGAUUGGGUUGAAUUAAUGGCCGGGAAAGAUAUGGAUUACCGUGCUACCUUGCGGGAAUCAAUCAAUAACCAACGUAAUUUGAAUAAGGACCUGUCAUCCUUGAUACGGCUCCUAGAACAAGGUGAUCUGGGGACUGAAGAAUUAGAAAAUAUACCUGUGGCGUCCAAUUUGAUGGAUCAAAAUCGGAAAUUAUGGGAUUCAUUAGAAUUGUUUACAAAAGAAGUAUUAUGUAAAGAUGAGAAGAACAAAAUUGCGAUAGACAGUCUUUUAAGACGUCUAGUUAAAUUUGACCCCCUUCUUACCAUUUCUGAUUUCAGAGUAUCUCAGGAAUCUGGAAGGUUAUAUAGACUGUUAUUGAAGGCCAAUCUUGUUGAUCUCGUCAUCCAAGCCGACAACAGCACGGAUUCGUAUGUACGAUUGAUCGAUUUCACUGACAACGAUUUAAGUUGA